AUGAGCACAAACGCAUACAUGGAGCCUGGCAACUACUCCUCGCACUACGGCAGCGGCGGCGGCCUCUCUGACCGUCCCGCACCGCUCUUCCAGGCGGAUGCCCAUGAGCCCCGAGCCCCACGACCCUUUGACCCUCAGCCCAACAGCGACCCCUACGCUGCCCCGCCGGGCGCCCCUGGCCAUCCACUGGCGGGCCCGCUCGACGAGCCUCACUCACCCCUUUCGAGCUACCGCGGUAGUUUUUCGCACCAGCCGCCCAUUGGCCUUCCCCACCACCGGCAGGACUCAAUCUCUUCGCCGCACGAUGUGUCGGGAGGAUGGGCGCCCAGCUCGCCCGGACUCGCUUCGAGCCGGCACGCAUCCAUCUACUCGUUGAAUGGCCAGUUUGACCAGGUCGGUCUGACUUCGGGCAGCAUCGAUGGCAGCUCGAGCAGCGGCCAUCUCUACGAGACUUCGCCACCCCUGCCUCCUCAGGUCCGCUACGCUCAGGCACAGGCCGCAGACAGUCGGCGCUUCUCGCUCGACGAACGCUCUAUCCGUGCCCAGCCGGGCAUGGGAAAGCCCGGCAUGAUCUCUGCCGAGUACCAGGCCCCCAACUCUGGCCGCCAGUGGCCGUGGGGCGCCGCUGCCCAGCCAGGCGCCGCCGCUGGCGGGCUCCACGGUCGUCACGCCUCGGUCUCGGCCGCAGCGCCGCCUCAGUCGUACGACUACGCGCGGAUGUCCUACAGCGCCGUCCCUGGAGCCACUCCCAAUGGCGGCGGCCCGAUCCCUCCCUCUCCAUACGGCUAUGACUCGAUGUCGGCCAUGUCGCCAACGCGCUACCGCUCGAUGAGCAGCAGCGCCGCCAGCGGCCGCUCGUACGGACCGUCCUACGGCGCUCCAGGCACCGCUGCACACGCCGCCGCGGCCAUGGGCUAUGGCAUGACGCCGCACCUCGGCUCUGGCAUGAUGAUGGAGGGCGAGAUCCCCGGCGGGCCGGGUCCCGCCAGGCGCGCCAAGUUCAAGCGCAGCAGAACCGGUUGCUUGGUCUGCCGCAAGCGCAAGGUCAAGUGCAGCCAGGAUGGCACGCCGUGCAAGCAAUGCCGCAUCGGCAAGCGUGACUGCCACUAUGACGAGAAUCCGCAGAAGAAGAAGGGAAAGAAGGACAAAUCGACAGCCGCCGCUGCGACGGCGACGGGCAGCGCCGCCACGACGGCACUCUCGACUGACGUUUCGACCGACAGCAAGCUCUCGUCCACCAACGGCUCUGCCGCUUCGAUCCAUCACCCGCAUCUGUCGUCGCAGGAUUCGGGCUACUAUGCGCCUCCGCCAAACCUCGACCAUCGGGGCAGCCUCGACGUCGGUGCCGGCGGCAGCGGAGGCGGACCCAACGGCCACUCGGCGGCGGGAGUGACGUUCUCGAUGCCCUUCUCUUCUCAUCCGCACUCGACUUCCGGAUCGACGGCGCAUAGCAGCAGCAGCAACGGCGGAGGCCCGGGCGAUGGAACAUGGUCUAACCCGACCCCGUUCAGCACCGGCCUGUCUGCGCCUGGUCCGCAUGGCGAAGCGCCCCCUCCACCGGGCGACUACGGCUGGGCUCCCAAGCACGAGGCAAAUGGCGCACCGGCGGUCCACGGCUAUGGCGCCGAUGGCGAUCGGGGCAGCACGGCCGGUGAUGCCUACUGGAGCCAGCACCCGACGGCGUACGGACACCGCGCGGCCGACCUCGAGCACGCCGAGACGUAA